AUGGCCGAAAUAUGUGAGACAUCAUCGUCAUCAUCAACAGAUAGAUGGAGCGAAAUGGAUGUCGCAUCAAAGAUCUGUUCCUUAACAUAUCGUCCUCCAACAUUGGGUGAUAAGAUAUUCAAGGAUGAGUGUAUGUAUUGCUUCAAGACUCCUCUCCAUCCAGGUGGGUUAUAUGUUUGUCUGGAAGGGUUUUCUGGAUUUUGUAUUGAUCAUGCGAUGGGUUAUUAUAAGCGGACGGCACGAAAAGGUUUUCUGUGGUGUAAGCAAGUUAAAAAGAUGCUACCAGAAGCCGAAGAACCACAAGAUAAAGUUACCAAGCUUGCGAUAGGUGUUGAAGGAGGCUUUAGCUCUGGUCCGAAAUAUGAGAUUGAAAGUGAAUAUGCAGUUGUACUUCUUCCAGAUUUCGAUACAAAGGUUCCCCUUAGCAGACUUACACCGAAAUUGACAGAAGUUUGCCAGAUAAUUAUCGAAAAUGAAGGGGUGCAAAGACAGGAGAUAAUAGAAGAAGGAAUUAAUGUUUGGGAAGGUGAAGCGCGGGUGAAUACAAGGCAUUUAAAUUUGGAACAAAUGGACAACGGAAAGAGAAUACCUCCGUGGGGUUGGAAAUGUGAAGAAGAAGGAUGCGAUCUUAAGGAGAACUUAUGGUUAAAUCUAACUGAUGGUGCAAUUAUGUGUGGCCGUUCGCAGUUUAUCCAAGAAGGAGUAAUGAGCAAAGGUCGAAAUCAUGCGCGGCUACAUUUUGACUUGACUGGUUAUCCUUUGGUCGUGAAAUUAGGUACAAUUACGAAAGAUGAUGCAGAUGUGUUUAGUUACGAUGAAGACGAAUCAGUUCGUGAUCCGAACUUGAAAAAACAUUUGAUUCAUUUUGGUAUUGAUAUGGAUAAAACAGAAAAGACUGAAAAAAGUACACUUGAAAUGGAGCUUGACCUUAAUCAGAAAUGGGAAUGGGAGAUGUGUCAGGAGGAUGGUGCAAAUCUGGAAUUGGUCUAUGGCCCAGGCCUUACUGGAAUCAUAAACAUUGGCUCAUCUUGUUAUAUCAGUGCAACACUACAAAUGCUGUUACAAAUUCCUGAUAUCGUACAAGCUUACGGAAUAGAAUGCGAAAAACAUUUCCUCAACGUUGCAAUACUCGAUUCUCAUUAUGAUUUCAACUGUCAGACAGCGAAAGUAUUUUCGAGUUUAUUAAGCGGUGAAUUUUCCCAAAAGGACAGUGACUGUAACGGUAUCAAACCAGUACAAUUCCGGAAAAUAGCAUCAAGAGGAAAUGCGGAAUUUUCAAGUACACGACAGCAAGAUGUUGAUGAAUACAUAAGAUUACUUUUUGACCGAAUCGAUGAAUUUAUGAAGAAACCGAAACCAGUUGAUGCAGUGCGAUUUAAACUAGAGCAGCGUUUAGAAGAUAAGGCAACGAAUAGAGUCCGUUAUAGUUACACAGAAGAAGUAGUACUUUCGUUGAAUGUACCAGAGAAAAGUGUUUCUGAACAACCCGUAAAAACAUCAGAAACAGAGACACCAAUACGACCUACUGUGUCAUUUGCUGAAUGUUUGUCAGCAACAUUUGGUAAGCAGCACAUUGAUGAUUUUCGAUCGCCGAUAACGGAUGAAGUGAAAGGAGCCAUCGAGCAAUACAGCAUCGCCACGUUUCCGGAUUACCUAAUCAUACAGCUUAAAAAAUUCACCUUGGCAGAGGACUACAGUGUGAAAAAGUUGGAUGUCAAUGUAGAAAUGCCAGAUGAAAUUAAUUUGGAAGCAAUUCGUGGCUAUGGGAAACAACCUGAAGAGAUGUUGCUACCACACGCAUCUGCUAAAUCGGAGUUAACGUUGGGUCGACCGUUGCCUGGCAUAGAUCCUGCUGUUUUUGAGAAGCUCUGUAAAUCAGGUAUUACACCGGAAGCUGCACGUCGUGCUAUUCACAUAACCAAGAAUACUGGUUUCGAUGCAGCAUUAGAUUGGUACAUGCGUAGUGUUGGUGAUAGGGACAUCAACGAGGAGCAUCCUGACUUGUGGUCAAAGGCAAGUGAUAUUGACGGAAUAGCGAUUGAACAACUUACAAAUCUCGGAUUUUCUGUUUAUCAGGCACGUUAUGCUCUUCAAAAAGUUAAUACUGGCAUAAAUGAUGCAGCUGAUUGGCUUUUUUCGAAUGUAGACACCAUACCACCUGAGAGGAAAGAUGAGGAGAUUAAGGAAGUACCAAAAGAAUGCCGUGAUGGAAAAGAGCACUAUCGUCUAAUUGGUUUCAUAUCACAUAUGGGAAGCUCACCACUUUCAGGGCAUUAUGUUGCUCAUAUGAAAAAAGAUUCAAAAUGGUAUCUAUUCAAUGAUGAGAAAGUAGCUCUAUCUCAAAAUCCACCAACAAUGUUGGGUUAUGUUUACCUGUAUGAACGAUGUUGUGAUCCCGAAGUGAUUCCAUGUGACGAAUAA